AUGUCAAGUUCGAAAAUAUUUUCAGAAGAUUUAUUGUAUAAAAUCAUCAAAUAUUUUCCAAAUGAUCAUUCAACCUUACACUCAUGUGUUUUAGUUAAUAGAUUAUGGUGUCGUUUAGCAAUUCCACUAUUAUGGGAAAAUCCAUUUUCAAUUCCUACCGGAAAUUUUAAUUUCAUUGAAGUUUAUUUGUAUAAUUUGGAUGAUCAUUUAAAAGCAAAAUUAAAUGAAUAUACUGAUUAUGUACUAUUACCUUCGAAUACACUUUUCAAUUAUCCUAGUUUUAUAAGAUAUUUAAAUAUAAACAAAAUUGUUCCUUCUAUUGAGAAGUGGCUAGAAGCUAAUAAUAGAACUUCAAAAUUCGGUAAAGGAUACUUGGCACAAAUUUUGGAUUCAGCUUCUGAAUUUAUUAGAUUGAUUAAUAUAUCAAUAUUUAAAUUAUUUGUCGAAAAUGAAGUAAAGUUAAAUACUCUUGAAAUUGAGACCUCUAGUGCUAGUUAUAACACAUAUGUUGAAAUCAUUCUUGAGAUAAUUUUACAAAAUCCAAAUUUCAUUCACAGUACUAAAAAUUUAAAAUUUUCUAUUUUAAGUACUAGUGAAGAUGCACUAAUUAAAAAUCAUAUAUCACAAAUACUUAAUUUACAUCAAAAUCUUAAAAGAAUUUUAUUAGGCUAUAACAAUUUAUCUUUUUAUCGGUCAUUAUUAUUAUUAAAAGGAUUCAAUUGUUCAAAUACCUUAAAUACAAUCACUUUCUAUCAUGUCGAUUUUAAAGGUAUAAUGAAUUUUGAUAAAGUACUUGAAGAAUUAAAUGUUUUAGAAUCUGUUCAUUUAAUUUAUUGUUCUUCUUUAAAUACUGAAUUUGCUCAACAAAUUAUUAAUUUAACUAAACCAUUUAAAUUGAAAUCUUUAUUUAUAAGUGAAAUAUCACUAAUUGAAUCAUUACAAUUAUUAUUACAAAUAUCUGGUGAUUAUUUAGAAAAUUUUGGAUGCGGUGGUUAUUUGAAUCAGUCAUUUAAACAACAAAUAUUAGAAUUAAUUAUAAAACAUUGUAAAAAUAUCAAAUAUCUUGAUGUAUAUAGAAUUGAUAGACAUGAUACUUCCCUAAUCGUAUUCAGUUUAAUUAAAAAUAUUAAACAAAAUCUUAAUCAUAUUUCAAUUAGCGUAGGGAAUUAUCAAGAUUAUGGUAUUGAGUUAUUAUUACAAAAUUUAGUACAAGCACUUCCUUCUAAACUUGAGUAUUUAAGUUUGGAUUUAUGUAUUAGAGCAAUUGAUUUUAAAGUAUUCUUGAAAAAUUCUCAAGAUACUUUCUUCAAGAAAUUGGUAAUUAGUAAUAUAAGAUGGGAAGGUGGUAAUUAUAUUGAUUAUAUUGAUAUUUUACCUUAUGUAAAAGAAUAUAUUAUGAAGAACAAAAGAGUCGAAUAUUUGGCUAUUAAGAAUACUUUAAUUGCAAGAAAUACUAAGAGAAAUGUAGAUUUGUUUGAUUUAAAAGACGAAGUGAUGGAAUUUAAAUUACAUAAUAUUAAAGUUCUUAGUUAUAUUAAAUUGUCUACUGACAUCUAUAGAUUUUUAAAUGAAAUUGAUUAA